CUUUCUCCUUCUUCCGACUCCUCUGUGUCGUUUUCUUCUAGCCUUUCCCCUUCAAUCGUUACAUUUCGGGACUCACUUACACGAUGCAUUCCACAACUUUGAUUUCCGCCUUCGUGACGCUUGCAGCAACCGCUGUCGCUCAAGACACCCCAAACGCCGACAAAAGCCCCAGCGGUGUGGUCUAUAACGCCACCGUAGAGUCUGUCUCUGGAUCCAACACGAAAGGCUUCUUCUCGCUCACUGGCACCAAAAGUGGCGAGGCCGAACUGCUCUUCAGCUUUACGGGCAUUAGCAACAAGAACAACCCUCCUUACCACUACCGGAUCCACGAGAACCCUGUCUCUGGAAAUGAUUGCGCCUCUGCGGGCCCCAUCUUCGACCCUUAUGGCAUCGGUGGCACGCCGUGCCAAAGCUUGCCAAAGUGGGGAAAUGGUAUUGAAGAUACCUGCUUGGCUGGCGAUGUGAGCGGACGCGCGGAUCCCAUCGAUGUUCCGAGCGAUAAGAACGACAAUGGCGGUUUCCCCGACGACAAAGUCUCUCUCGACCCCAAGAGCAAAGCCUUCGUCGGCAACCGCGCCGUCGUGAUCUCCAACGGCAAGAACGAAAUCGUCGCCUGCGGUAACCUCAAAUGCGUCAAGGGUGACUGCGAGGUUGCCAACAACCCACCAUCCAACGGCACCAGCACUGGCUCUCCUGCGAGCGGAACGAACAGCACCAACGGUACAGUUCAACCUGGGCAGCCUGGCUCCGGCCCCGCUGAGUCCACCAACGCUGGCUCUCAGCUCUACGCUGGCGCUGGUGCGUUGUUCAUCGCCGUUGCUGCUGCAUUGUUGUAAGCGGAUCGUAUUG